CAGGUUCGGUUUCUUGGUGGUGUACGUACAGCAGACACUCGGUAGCCAUGUUUCGUGCCCUGAUCGUUCUGGCUAUGGCCAGCAGCGCUUUCGCUGGCUACGUCGGUGGCUUCGCCCCCGGCAGCUACGCCGUGGCAGCCCACGCCGCUCCAGCAGUGACCACGGUCCACCACGCCCCCGCAGUCGCCACCGUUCAUGCCGCUCCUGCAGUCACUACCGUGCACGCUGCGCCAUCCGUCUCCACAGUCUCUAGGUUCCAGACGUACCACGCACCAGCCGUCGCAGCCGUAGCUCCAGCAGUCACGACCUACCACGCUCCCGCCCGUGUGGUCUCUGUCGCCCCCGCUAGGGUCACUGCCUACCGUGCUGCCCCGGCCCUCUUCGCAGCACCCGCUCCAGUGGCUGUGGCCGCACCCGCCGUGACCCGAGUGCACACCUAUCACGCUGCACCAGCCGUAGUCGCUGCCCCAGCCGUCACCAGGGUGGCGUACGCUGCUCCCGCAGUGACAUACGCCGCACCGGCUGUCGCUAGGGUCGCCUACCACGCUGCUCCCGCCGUCACUACCGUCCACGCUGCUCCCGCCGUCGCCACUGUCCACGCAGCGCCAGCCGUCGCCGUAGCUCCAGCCGUUACUAGGGUCGCUGCAUACCACGCGACUCCCGCUGUGGUGGCUCACGCACCAGCCGUGGCCACCGUCCAUGCUCCUGCCGCCGCCGUUACUCGUGUCGACACGGUGCACCACGUGUCACCAGCUGUCGCGACGGUGGCCGCUGCACCCGCUGUUGCUCAUUACGGCGUAGGAUAUGGGCUCCUUCCCACGUAUGGUCUCAACUACAAGUAUGGCCUCGCUGGUGUCAACUAUGCCACCCUUCUGCACAAGAAGAAAUAAACAACAGCGAAGUCAGAGCUAAUAUGACAUCGUACCGAGAGCAACUGUCAUAGCCGUCAUCUCUUAUACUCUGUACAGUUAUGCAAUAAAUAUGUUUCUCCAAAAGUUGGA